AUGGAAAAUGAAAUCUCAGUAUUGUCAUUGAAUUGCUGGGGUCUAUACCUCAUCGCCUCGAAGCGCAAAGUCCGACUGCAAGCUAUUGCCGAACUCCUAGAAAGUUCAGAAUACGAUAUUGUUGCUUUACAAGAAGUUUGGCUCCAAGAAGACUUUGAUAUGAUUCGAACAAAGACAUCAAUUAAAUUACCCUUUGCGAAAUAUUUCUACAGUGGUGCUCUUGGCAGUGGGCUUGCAACCCUUUCAAAAUACCCAAUCAUUGAGUCUUCUUAUCAAUGUUACAAGCUCGCUGGACGUCCUCUAAAAAUCUUACAUGGUGACUAUUAUGUCGGAAAGGGAUGUGGAUCAGUUUGUGUUGAGCAUCCAGAAAUAGGCAUAUUAGAGAUAUUUAAUACACACCUCCAUGCAAGGUAUGGAACGUCUCAAGAAUAUGAAAGUCAUCUUAUAUCAGAAGCAUGGGAGCUGGCAAGACUACUAAGAGCCUCAUCUUCUCAAAGAAGACAAGUAAUUUUGGCAGGAGACCUCAAUAGUACAACAACAAGCUAUGUAUAUCAAAUAAUUACAAAACAUGGAUUCGUGACAGACUCUUGGGAGGAGGCUUAUAGUCGAACAUCUGCGCCACCAAUUGAUACACCAGAUCCAAACAGUACAAGCACUACCAUUAGGCUAUAUAAUGAUGGCGUCACCUGUAAUUCGCCCUUCAAUACUUGGUCAAGAAAUUUCAACAAGCCAUAUACAGGCGAAAUAAUGGGGAAACGACUCGAUUACAUUCUUUACCUGUCUGGGUCUCGUUUGGCUUGUAUUGAUUCACAAGUUUCCGUAACAGAAUAUAUUCCUAAAACAAACACGAGCUAUUCCGACCAUUUUGGUGUGCAUUCAACAUUUCAUAUUCUUCCCGAGACUUCGUCGCCUAUUAAGGUCACCCAUCCUUGCACAACAAAACUGAGCGCUACUACUAUCCACGAAAUACUUACUUUGCUUACCAAACAACAAGCCAAAACACAAAGAACAGUUCGUAUUUUACUUAUAGUCUUUGUUACUAUGGUAAUUUUAAGUCUGGUAAUGUAUGGUUUUUUGGUCGGAUUAUCCGUUGGUUAUAGCCAGAUAUUUCUGGUAACAACUUUGGUACCUAUUUUCUGUGGCGGUGGAUUAUUAUUUUGUGCAGCCCUUGCACCGAUAUUGCUUAUAGUUGGUUUUGUGUUCGGAAACACCGAGCAGCGUGCACAUAGACAAUUUGUCGAUGACUUGGAGGUACUUUUACUAAGUUUUAAGAAUAACUGA